CCCAAAUCAACUUUUUCAACUAAAUUAAGUAAAUUAAAAUGCAUUUAUAGCUUAAUUAAGUCGAAUCUGUAAAGGAAAUGCAUUUCCAAACUGAAUACUCACAGCUACACACCGAGCGUCAAGCAGCAAUCCUGUGUUUCAGCACUGCCGCCGUGCCAUAUGCAUAGAUACACAAACACAUUUGUACAAAUAUCAAUGCACACACGCACACAUACACAUGUUAUAACACCGUUCUAAUCUAUUCUCUCUCUAUCUUUCUAUUUUUCUAGGUCAAGAUUUAGCGUUACGUGCCAGCGAAAGUGACAACAUUGUGAAACCGGUUUCAGUACCUUAGCAAAACUAAUCUAUUUUCUCUUUUGUCUUUCUUUUUCGCAGGAAAUUUCGAAAACCAGGAUUAGGCAGCAAGCUCAAGCUCUACAGAAAAUCACAUAUUUAUAUACAUCACAUAUUUAUAUACAUAUACAUAUGUAUGUACAGCGUUCAAACUACCUGCAGGCGUUAUUUGACUCAUUUUAGCCGCAAACCAACGCAGCCGCACAAGGAAAACACCUCGCCGCAAGGCGUCUUGAUACAGAAAUCAUGCCAGCGUUCCAUACUCAACACACACGGCGCCAAGCGACUCAACGUGCGCAACGCCAGCACCAGCGCCAGCGCCGCCAUGCCGCCAGAAACUGCGACCGGGCUCGUGCCCGGAUUGUCGCCGCAAAUUCAAGCCGAGCGAGUUACUAUGCCAGCGAAUUUGUGUCGGAAAAAUAUGUCCAUGACGGAUGUGUCAGAUAUGCUCAUCAAUCUGUACAAAGCAAACGUAGCUAAUGCACCAAAGAACCAACAGACUGCAGCGUCCAAGUUUAGACAAACUUCGCCCACGUCGGCUGAGGGUCACGAGCCAUCGAGCAUAGCGGCUAUUGCCACCAAAGGCGCUGCCGCUGCAGUGAACGAGCCAAAAAACUUGCAAAAUGAUGAAAUGUUGUUCGCAGCGAAAGAGGAACAACAACAACAGCAAAAGACGGCGGUAACAUCAGAGAAUAAUGGUACCGUUGAGCAAGCAGCAUUUCAUCAAGCCACUGAGAAUGCAAAUAUAAUGCAAGCUACAAGCACAAAAGCCGACAAUAAUUUGUACGGAUUUGCUGCCGGCGCAAUGCCACCCUUAAAUGCCAUACCAACAUCGGUAGUGGUGACACCGAAUGGUGAACCGCUCGAUAUAAAACCCGUUAUAAAUCCGACAACCGGACAGGUGAUGCCCAUGCUACCUAAUGCGGGUCUCGGUGUCGGCUCCUCGGUGAUUAAGCCGGUGCCCACAUUGACCGAUGCCCAAAUCCCUUCUUUAGCACCCUUGAGUAGUGCUUUGGAACGCGCCAAUGCACUUAACAGCCAAAAUAAUGGUUCACCAGCUGGUGUUAUGCCCGCCGGCUGUGAUGUCUUGCCACCGGCGGCCGUGCUUGCCGCAGCACUCCUACGUGAUGGCUACAAUAAUUUCCAACAACAAUUGCGCACACAAGAGCUGCUGAAGAUGAAUGGACCAGUCGAUGCGAAUAAUGGUAAUGUCGGUGAUGCGAGCGCCGCAAAUACAUUUUCUUCGAAAAUAUUGGAGAAUUUUUUACGUCAACGACGUCUCAAAUCGGAAAGUGCAGCCGAGAAUACGGCAAACGAAAUGGACGCCGGCGAUGGCGAUGACGAAGAUGACUCACGCUAUAACGGUUUCGAGGACAUACACUUGGUCGAGGGUAACAAACCCACUUAUAACAAUUCUUCCAUGCCCGGUGUCUACCAACCGAGCGGCGCUUCUUCGUCCUCACCACAUUUAACAGCCUCAAAUACCGAUUAUAUGUCGGACGACUCGCAAAAGUUCAUGUUCGGUGCACAUUCACAGGCAUUCCGCCAUCUAGAGUACACGCUCGGUGUUGAAAACGGUGCCAACUCGUUCGGCGCGGCGAGUAGCCAAGAAGGCGGCAAUAACGAAAACAGCAAUGAGGGACCCGAACCCAUUUACGAGUGUCGUCAUUGUGGCAAAAAGUACCGUUGGAAGUCAACAUUGCGACGCCACGAGAAUGUCGAGUGCGGCGGCAAAGAACCCUCGCAUCAAUGUCCCUACUGCCCAUACAAGUCGAAGCAACGUGGCAAUCUCGGUGUGCACGUGCGCAAACACCACUCGGAUCUGCCACAAUUGGCGAGUAAACGACGCUCGAAAUACUCAAAUAAGUUGGACGGUGGCAAUAUUAGCGCAAAUGCAUCAGAUGACUCAUCGAGCAAAUUGAUCAUUGAUUGCUCGAAAUAAUGUUAUAACGGUUAAAACGAAAACGAAGAGACUGCGCGCAUUUAAUGUGAAACUUCAAAAUAUUAAAAAACAAAAAACAAUUGCCGUGCGUGCGCUGCAGUUUGACAGCUGCGGCCGCAUAAUUAGAUACACACAUACCCACACAUGUAUGCGCAGUUGCAUACUUGCUGCAUUUUCAUCAAAAAUUUAUAUGUUAUUCGUCGUUAUACAUACUUAAAUACAUAUAGACUUACAUGCAGAUAUGCCUACAUAUUUGUGUUAUGUAAUUUAGUGAAAAUUUAAGACUGUUUACAAUAAGUUUAACAAUUAACUGAACCGAGAUUAUAUACUCACUUACGUGCAUACUUACAUAUUUUUGUUAUACUAAAUUUAUUACAUACAUACAUAUGUACAUUCAAGCAUAAUAUUGUAUGUGUUUCUUGAAGUUAUACUCAUUACUUUUACAUUUUAUGCUUUAAGUCAGUCAGUUGCAAUAAAAUGACUUUUUUCUUUAUUUGACUGCUACUACAUGCAUGCAUACGCACACACAUACUUCCAUGCGUGCAUCUUAUGUAAGUGUCGUCAACUAGUUAUGUGCCUUUAGUAUAAGUAUUUACGUCCAUAUCACUAAAGUAAGUGUUCAAGUCUUUACCUUUCGCAACAUUUUUUAAGAUUUCAUUACGCUUACCAAUAUGCAAGGCAUUUUCAAAUCUUUUUUAUAACUGUAGCUUCAUUUAAAAGCAAUUCGUAUGCAAUAGUUGACUUGGAAAGUGAAAUUUGAGAAACAUUUCUCGAGUCAAAACCCUUAAAAACAAAGAUUUAGCUACUAAAGUCAAACAUUAUGAGGAG